AUUCCAUACAUAUUUUCCGACCAACUUGUUUGAUUAAUAAGGAACACACUGUUUUUCGUAGCCAUAUUCUUCAUAAUUUUGGGAUAUUUUCACAAUUUAGGCUGAUUUUGUGAUAGAAAAUCGAGAGUGGCCAGUUGUCAUACCUUUCAUUGGAGGUGGAAAUAUAAUGGAAACCUCGCUCGAUGUGUUGUCGUUUGCAGCAUCAAUGGUAGUAGAAACAGACGAAAGCAAUGGUAAAGCCAACAGUGGUAGUGAUGGUAAAGGUGAUGCCACUAUUAGAAAUGAAUUGAGAUCCGAUUCUCCAAAAGAACUUCCAACUCGUCUAAACCGACAUCGACGAAGUACGGAACGACGGGAGUUAACGCAAGCCCUGAAAUUUGACGAUAGCCACUUCAAAGGAUCAGUAUCAAAUAUGUGCAACACUAGAUGCAUGGGUACACAAACAGUAAUCUCAACGAUGAAAUUAGAUUUACCAGUUGGCAACGAUGUAUCGUCAAUACCAGAAGUAUCUGCAACAGCACUUAUUACCCCGAUGUUGCCGACAUGGACACCACCUCCCCUCUACCACCCCCCAUCAGAUCAACCCAAACAACUUAGGCCGUCUGUGAUAGCUGUCGCGCCACCUCAACACCGAGAAGAGAGCGGUCGUACAUACUUACGGAAAAAUGGGCUUGUCACUACGUCAAAUGGUAGUCUCCGAAGAGAAAUUACUUCAGGUGGUUGUGAUCCUUCAAUUGAAGAGCAUUUUCGUAGAAGUUUAGGAAAAGAUUACAACAACGCAAUAACGUCGCCGUCAACCUCGCCGGAUCUCACCAAGAAUCUAUUAAUCACAGGCUCAGUCGACGAUCAUUUCGCAAAAGCGUUAGGAGAUAAAUGGAACCAAAUUAAAGACACAGUCGACAUGACAACGAAAUCCUCUCCACCAUCAUCUCCUAAGCUUAUGACUCAACAGCCACUUGUGUCUUCCUAGCAAUAUUAAGUUGCAAAUUGACUCGUCAUAUAAUCGAUGAGUUUUAAAAUCCUAGAUGUGAAUAUUUUAUUGAGCUAUGCGCAAGAAGAAUAUAAAUAUAUAUAUAUUGUAUAUACUGUAUCUAUAUAUAUGAAGAUAUGUUGUUAUUAUAGACUUGGAUGUUUUUGAGGAGAGUAUUGUGAUUGGGUGAAUUGAAGGAGUUUGCUUGUACAGUAGCACUUGUAUACUUUUAUCUGGAAUAUAUUUCAAAAUCAUGAUCACCUUAAACUUUUUAUAUUUGAAAAGAAAAACAUGCAUUUGCAUACACUAUGAGAUUUUUGUCUGAUAAAACACGUCUGUUGAAUCUUUGGAAGUUUAUGAUUGUUUGACAAAGUCCUACUAAAUCUAUUCAAACAUUGCAAAAUCUGACUAAACAAAUUCUGCAUUUAGGUUCUAUUAAAGUUAUGGAACUUUUUGCACUAUCAUUGACAAAAGGAUAUUUUAUUAUUAAGGAUGCAGUAAUUAUUUAUAUCUUUCCAACAUGUCUUGCAAUCAUUAAUUAAUGUUUGUGAAGCAAACUAUUUGUUGAUUGUGGAGUGGAUGUGAUCUUCAGCAAAAAUGUUGCUGUAUAUUGAGAUGCAUCUAUUACUGUAUAUCCAGAUAAUAUGAAUGACAUUCUGAGAAUAUAAAUCUUUUAUUAGAAUAAAAAAAAAGCCAUAUUGAAAUACUGUACUGUACUUUUGACCAUAUUGAAAUUGUUUUUAUUGAUGGGACUACAACUAGGAAUGUCUGAUCAAGUUAUUGUUUGUCAGACAUUUUGCUCCAGAGGCUGAGGCUGUGCCUUGUAAGGAACCUCUGUGUUAAAUAUUGAAUAAUAAACAUUGAUCAGACUUGAGAAGUAGAAAAUUGUUUUACUAUCUGACUAAAUCUUCAUUACGAAACACUAUAAAACAAAUUCUGUUCAAACAUUGGCGAGUGUCUGACAGACAAAGGUCUAUUAGUGUAUACCUGGCUUUAUAGAUGUUCCAUAGAUAUAUGCCAUGAAAGUGGAAAAGGAGGUAAAAUAAUUCCACACAAGAAUACUUUAAAAUGGUAGUAUCUUCAUUCUCCAAAAGUAUUCAACUAAAAUUUGAUAAAACUUGUUAAAAUAAUUAAUUCAAAUGUUGUACACAGUGCUGUAUUUAGCUUAUAUUUAUGUACAGGCUUAAUUAUUUUAUUAUGACAACUUCAUGUGAUUUAUUUAAUUCCCAUUGCAUUAGGCAUUUAACAAUAAAAAGAAGUGUUAAUAUAUUAUAAAAUUUCUAAAAGAAUUUCAAUAUGUUUACUGUUACUACUAUGCUAUAAAUGUCAAUUACUGUCCAUUUGCAGACCUUGUUUUAAAAGUAUGUAUUAUAAUUAUAAUAAAAAGGAUACAAAAAAUAAUAUAGAGUUAUUAAAUUGUGUGCUAUAGAAAUUAUCCCCAUGAAUUCUUUCUGAAUUAGUAAUUGCCUAGAAAUUUCUAAUAAUAUGCUUAAACCUAGUGUGAAUUUAUGGAUAAUUUAUAUCUUUUAUGUUUAUAUACACUAGCAUUAGUGUAGGAUUAUGAUGACCUGAGAGUAAUAAGAAAAGGACAGAAUAUACAGACCUUUUAUUAAAUGCAACAUCUUUGUUGUUAAUUACAGUAACAAUGCAAAUUUGUCAUAUUAAUCUGUAUUCCUGAUGAUGAUAAUUAAUGUUAAAAUAUUGGAUCCACAACAUGAUGGCAUGCAUUUCAAUACUUGGAGUAUGUACUAUCGGUAUUGUUUUAAUAGUGUAAUUUAUGGAACAUCUUCCAACUAUGAUGUAUGAGAGUGCCAUGUUGAUAAUAUGAUGAUGAUGGUGGUAGUUGAUGAUGAUAAUUAUAAUAAUGAUUAUAAUGAUAAUGGUGAUGAUGUUGAUUUAUUUGUUUUGUUUCCUCUUCAGUAACAAAUUACUGUUCUCCCAGAGAGCCCAAAAAAAAUGGGGAUUUACUGACAGUAACAGUUAUCAAACGUUUGUUUAUUGUCCCAAUUAUAGAUUCAAACCCGGCUAAAUUCUCGCCGAUUAAAUACCAUUCGGUGGAUUUUGGCCAAGUCUGUCCCUUAUUAGGUAGAAGUAGCAAUGGUUUUAUUCGAUGUUUGUACAGAAAAUUAUGUUGGAAAAUUGGACAGAACUACAUAGAAAAUGUUCACAAAGUUUUUUUUUUUUGUUUUUUUUUUUGUUCAAGAGUGAACACAAUGUUUGUGUCAUGAAAUGUGUAUUUUGAUGUUGCAAGUGCAUCUGUACAAAUUUCAUUCUCCUUGAAGUAUAUCUUGGCGAACUGGUAGUACAGAAAAAUUGAUGUAUUUGUGAUAAGAUGUCGAAAGAAAUAAAAUUCAAAAAGAAAAA